AUGUCCGCCGCAUCCGCGCUCUCCGCGCGCUCGAACAUCGCCCCGAGCAUCAGCCGCGGCGUCGCCGCCUCCCGCGUCGCGAGUCGCGCGCGAUCUUCCCCCGGAUCCUCCGUCGUCGUCGCCAAGGCGACUCCCGCGGAGCAGAGCAACAUCGUCGUCUUCGGCGGCACCGGCGGCACCGGCUCCGAGUGCGUGGUCCAGGCGCUGCGGCGCGGCGCGAAGGUCACCGUCCUCGCGCGCGAUCCCUCCAAGAUGCGCCAGCCCCCGGGCACCGGCGGCGCGAACGAGGGCGCGCCCGUCUCCGACCCCAACCUCACCGUCGUUCGCGGGAACGUCUCCAACCCCGCGGACGUCGCCAAGGUCAUCACGAAGGACACCACCGGCGUCGUCGUCUCCCUCGGGGGUAAGACGAAGGACGUCGGCGCCACCAUGCUCACCGACGGCACCACCAACGUCAUCAACGCCAUGAAAUCCGCGGGCAUCGCGACCGACGCGAGGAUCGCCAUCGUCACAUCCAUCGGAGCCGGAGAUUCGGCCAACCAAGCCCCGAUCGUCUUCCGCGUCCUCAUGGCCACCGUCAUGCGAUCCAUCUUCAACGACAAGAACAACCAGGAGGCGCUCUUCCUCGGACCGGGCGGCCCAGGACGGGACCUCGAGUUUUGCGUCGUGAGACCGGGCGGACUCGGCGUCGGACCCCCCACGGGCAUCGUCAACGUGAUCGACGGGGAAGCCGGGAGCAUCGCUCGAGCGGACGUCGCGGAUUUCUGCCUCGGCGCCCUGUUCGAGGAGGCGUUCCCGUACAUCGGCAAGGCGCCGUGCAUCUCGUCCGUGGGCGGGACGUCGUGGACCAAGGACCGCGGCGGCAAGGGGAUGAUGGAGGCGUGA